UCCUGAGGUCAUGGUGAUGGUCCUGGGGAUUGGGGCAAGGUUUGGGGGUUGUGGUCAUGAUGGUGGUCUGGAUGUUGGGGUUGCGGCUGAGAUGGUAGCAGGCCUGGAAGUUGUCAUGGGAUUAGGGCAGAGGCUAUGGGGACGCGGGAUGAGGACAUGAUCUUGGUGAGAGGGCAGAAGCUGGGGGUUAUUGCAGUAGGACAGGAGCAGGCAGUCAUAGUGAGGAGGCUGGAGUCAGGGUUGCAGUCAUGAUGGUGGGCUGGGCAUUGAUGUCACGGUGGUGAAGCUGAGGAUAAUGGUCGUGGUGGAGGGGUAGGGACUCGGGCUUGUGGUCAUGGCCACGUUUGUACUGGGACAGUGCCUCCUCUCGCAGCUCCAGCCUAGGGCUGUCGGAGCUGGGGAGACUCCUGCUGCCAUUCUUAGCUCUGCCUCUGCGCACCCUGUGUUUGUGAGGGACACGGUAAGGCCGUAGUGUUGCCUUCUUCCUGUCUGAAGGCUCUGCACAUAGAAAGGGGAGAACAUUCCUGUUAUACGUUCUUUCUUUCAUGGGUCUUUAAAACAACCCUUGUUUAUGUGAGGCUGGGCAGGAACGGCAGUGGUUGGGUUUUGGCUGGCUAGUAAGCCUGCCUGCCCUUAACCUGUAGGCUCUUCAGGACUUGCCCUUCUUAGGAUGUCAUUGCUGGGGCAACGGGAGCCGUGCUCCUUCUUGGUCUAUAGGCACCACUAAUCUCUAUGUGAGAGCAAGGCAAGACAUUGUAUUCUGGGCAGGUUGUUUUGUCUCUCUGCUGUUGGUGGUGAGUGUUUAAGCAGAGUCCUAUUUUGUAGAAAACAUGCUCUUUUCCUUUGUGAAUUUUAAGGAAACAGGAGUGGGGAAAGAAGAUAAAGAAAAGCAGCAUUGUGGGACAGCUGAUUUGGUGAGACAGGAAUGUUGCACCAUUUCAAGAACUUGAAAUAAGUAAGUAGUGAGCUGCUUCUAGUUGCUCAGCUCUUGGGGGUGCUUAUUAUGGUUAGAGGGAAGCCAAAUUUGGAACACUUCAGGAUUCAGAGUUCUCCUGUCCCAGUCCAUAGGUGCAGGCUGCUGCUUUUCCCUUUCCAGCAAGUAGCCAGGCUGAGUAUGUAUUCCCAGUAGGUACACAGACACACACACACUGCACACAUGGCUGGCCACCCAGACCAACAGAGACUGAAAGCAGUGCCUUUACCAGCACCCGCCUAAACACAAACAGCACUCGCAUAAACAUGCAUAACACAGACGGUUGACACUAUUCUCCCUCUCCAGCUGAUCAGGACUGAGUUUCCCUAGUGAACCAUGCUCCCGCUCACUCUCUUGAUUCACAUACCUCCACAUCCAUGAAUCUGUUGAAUAUUAGUAUGGGCUUCAAGUCUGGCUAAUACCUAUGCCCAGAUCCCUUAUCCAUGCACCACCACCUCAGACGUUCUGUUAUUUCAGAUGCUGGUUUCUUCCUACUCACUAGGCUAGUCCAGCUUGAGGUUUGCUAGUGAAGCAUACGUAUGCACACAGAAUAGAGAGCACCCUCAUACAGAAUAUAGGAACGCCUGUGUACAGGCCAUCUGAAUUAAUGGUCAGUCAGGAACUGCCAGGCAUAUCUAGAUGGAUUGAAGGAGCACAUUCAUUAGAUGAAUUCAGUACAUCCUGUACAGAAGUACAUAACCCUAGUAACAUGAAAAAGUCUGAAACUUCUGGAGUCAUGGCUAGAGCUGACAUCAAACCAAAAUCUAUAUGUCAUGCCAAAAAAUGGUCAGAUGAGGUAGAGAACUUGUACAGAUUUCAGCAAGCCGGAUACAGAGAUGAAGUUGAAUAUAAGCAAGUAAAGCAAGUUGAUAUGGUAGAGUGUUGGCCAGAAACUGGAUUUGUUAAGAAACUUCAGAGAAGGGACAAUACUUUCUAUUAUUACAAUAAGCAAAGAGAAUGUGAAGACAGAGAAGUCCAUAAAAAAACUACUGAAAUCACAAAGAUCCACGUGCCAGGAGUGGAGAAGCUGAGCGGCCUUCUUCAAGGUUAGAAGGUUAGAUCAAGGCUCUUUCUCUAUCUGAAGACCUGCCGGACCAUCUGACGCUGAAGCAGCAGGCCACUGCCGAAGCGGAGGAGCAACAUCUCUGGAACACCUGCCCUGCCCCUAGGCUCGGGACGCUGGGUCCUCUUGUACUCAGGAUCCUUCAAGUCGUCGUGGACACAUAAGCUAUUAUGGUGUUAAGCCGGGAACUGGCACACCCGCCGGUGUGGCCGGGUACAGUACGGUCCUGUACUGCGCUGAGACAGCUAUAGGCGGGGUUCUGUUAAGGACUUUGCCUUAUCAACUGGUGCCGCUUCACACGACAUCGGGGUACCCUUCCUAUAUUCCUGUUCUAUGUUCCCUGUUAGUUCAUUUGUGUUACUUACUUGAAGCUUCAUGUACGUAUCUGUAAAUAGCUUAAUAUAUUACAUUGUUUGUAUUGUGUUGUAUUGUUAAUUAAAAAGUGUUAUAAAUAAGAGUUGUAAAUCGUUCGUAAAUGUAAGAAUUCCUAUACUGCCACCCGAACCUAUCCUUUGGUUCAAACCUGUUUCGAU